AUGGAAAUAAAAAAUGCUGUUUGGAGCUUACAUCCUCUGAAAAGCCCAGGACCGGAUGGGUUCUCUGGGAUUUUCUAUCGCAAGUAUUGGAACAUAGUUGGGGGUGACUUUUGUGAUAUGGUUCAGGAGUUCUUUGUUUCAGGAAGGUUUGUCAAGGAGCUCAAUCAUACUUUUAUUUGCCUUAUACCGAAAUGUGAUAACCCGUCCUCUUUUGAUCAAUUUCGCCCCAUAAGCUUGUGUAACUUCGGGUAUAAAGUCAUUACUAGGAUCCUUACGGAUCGGUUGAAGCCGAUUUUUGACAAGAUCAUUAGCCCUUUUCAGAGCGCUUUCUUAAAGGGGCGGUGGAUUGCUGAAUGUUCGGUUUUAGCUUCGGAAGUGUUGGAUACCAUGAGGAAACUGAAAGGAAGGAAGGGUUUUAUGGGUGUCAAGACGGAUAUGCAUAAGGCGUAUGAUCGAAUUGAAUGGGGGUUCCUUGCUGCGGUGCUCAGGGCAAAUGGAUUCAACACUCAUGUAUGCAAUCUGAUUAUGCACUGUGUUACAAGUGUCUCCUUCUCUGUUCUGGUGAAUGGUGCUCCUGGAAAUGUGUUCUCUCCAGGCCGUGGGCUCAGGCAAGGCGAUCCUUUGUCGCCAUAUUUGUUCAUUUUGUGCAGCGAGGUUUUGUCCAAGUUGGUUCGAAAAGCGGAGGAUUGUGGGGAACUUACUGGCAUCAGAAUUGGCCGGAACUCUAUCCCUAUUACACAUUUGUUUUAUGCUGAUGAUGCCCUGUUCUUCUGUCGUGCAAACCAAAUGGAAGCUUUAACUCUUAAUCGAUGUUUUGAGAAAUACGAAUACUGGUCAGGCCAAAAGAUCAGCAAAGAGAAGAGUGGUAUUGUGUUUUCUCCAAAAAUUUCAGACUCUGAUCGAAGGGACUUGACUUCUACUCUGGGAAUGCAUGUCUUGAAAGGCAAGGAAAAGUAUUUGGGAAAUCCUUUCUUUGUCUCCGCUAGGAAACGAGAGGAUUUCAAUUUCAUCAAAACGAAGGUGCUCAAUAGACUGGAGGGGUGGAAAGCAAAAUGUCUUUCACAGGCAGGAAGAACUACUCUGAUCAAAAGUGUUCUUCAAAGUAUUCCUUGCUACACGAUGGCGGCUACUAGGUUACCUGUGGCUUUAUGUAAGGAAUUAGACAGUAUUGUGGCUAGAUUUUGGUGGAAGGGUUGUAAUUCUGACCUCGGAUCAUGUAGAUAUCUUGCUUUGAAAAGUUGGAGCCAUCUGUGCCAACCUUUGAGGAAUGGGGGGCUGGGCUUUAGGCGCUUUAAAGACAUUAAUAUGGCUCUGGUGGCUAAGUUAGCCUGGAACAUCUUGGUUCAAUCGGAUAGGCCCUGGGUGAAAGCUUUAAGUGCUAAGUAUUGUUCUAAAAUUGAGUUCUGGGAGGUUGAAAAGAAGAAUUCAGACUCUUUUCUCUGGAAGAGUAUUUUAUCGGCUAGAGAUCUCUGUGUCUCAGGAGCGGGAGUUCUUGUGGGAGAUGGAAAUUCAGAUAUUUGGACAAGACCUUGGGUCCCUGGGUUUACUCCUGAAGAGGUUCGACAGAGUUUCACCUAUGGAAUCACCCAUGCCUAUUCGUCUAUUUCUGACCUUUUCAUGACAAACUCUCGAGUUUGGGACGAGAAUUUAAUACGGCAAUGCUUCACUUCUGAGAUUGCAAAUGCGAUAUUGAGGAUCAGGCCUCUCUCUGAUGAAGGAGACAGAGUUUUCUGGAAAGCUAGCAACAAAGGAAUUUUUUCAGUUAAGAAUGCAUAUUGGCUUUCGCAAAGUAACCGAUUUCAUCCUGAGAAAGAAAGCUGGAGGAAUUUAUGGAAGCUGAAGAUCCACCCUCGUCAUAAGCUUUUAAUUUGGAAAAUUCUUAGUUACUGCCUUCCUCUCAAGUCAAAUUUGGGUUUUAUGCAGAAUGGGGAUAAGGAGUGUUAUCUCUGCAAUUGCGAAGUGGAAUCGGAACUCCAUCUGUUUGGAACCUGCAAUUUUGCUAGAUGCCUGUGGUAUCGUGGGCAGUGGGGUUUAAGGUCAAAUUUUCUAAAUGUGCAAAGUUUCGAAGACUUAUUCCAUCAGAUGCUCCUUAUCAAGGAUGAUUAUCUGGUUCUGUUUGCGGCAUGUCUUUUCGAAGUCGUUUGGCAUUGCAGAAAUGAAGUUAGAAUUGGAAGCAGUAGGCCUGACCCUGAUUCGGCUUUCAAAAAAAUCAUCCUGAGGUGGCAGGAGUUUAGUCAAUUGGUGAGUUUGGAAAGUGUAUCUGAACCUGAACGUCAAAAUGCAGAUCCAAGCCCUUCUGCUAUCUUAUUCAUGGUCGAUGCCUCGGUUGUUGGAAAUGAGGUGGGGCUUGGAAUUGUUCAAACAAAUGUUCCUAGAGAGGUUGCAAUAUCGGCUCAGGCUUUCCGGACUGUGCUGAGUGUUUUAGAAGCAGAAUUUGAAGCCAUUCUACUAUGUUUGGAGUUGUGUGCUGAUUUGGGGUUGGAAGAGGUUUGCAUCCACUCGGAUUCUUCGACUGCAGUCAAAGCCUUACAAGCUCAGUCACUACCCUAUGCUUGGGGCUCGUAUCCUAGUUUUGCUAAGUGUUUGUCUAUGUUAAACUCUUAUAACCAGUGGUCUGUUGUUUACAUUUCUCGGUCUGAAAACUCGGUUGCAGAUCAGCUUGCUCAUCUUGCUCGAGUGAAUCGUGUUUGUGUUUCAUCUGUUUUUAGGGAAGCAGCUCCCCUUGUGGCUGCUAUUUAG